AUGGAAGCUCGCGCAUAUGCUGCUCUCUCGCCGGGGCAAUGGAAUCGAGAAACAAGGUGGGAGCUUGUUGGAGAGUACUCGAGGCUAGAAUCAUAUAUACUGCACUCUCUAAGGUCAUCCAAAACAGACAUCUUCAAGGAUCUAUUGAGUGACCCCGUUGAUCCGAGUAUACGAUAUGGAGCUUAUAAGAUGGGAAUGCCACGGACAUUAGCCAUUCCCGUUAUUGCACGAAAGAAUUUCCCCUCAGAUCCUAAUUUGGCGUCACAGGUGGAAGAGUUGGACCCAAACUGUUUGAAAGAUGAAACAACAACGACCAAGGUUGAUCAUGUGGAAUCUGGUGAUGCACCAAAAACAAUAACGUGGCGAUCUCGAACAGUCGACCUAGAAGAUGCAGCAAUUGCUACUGCGUUGGGAUCUGUAAAAUCAGCUUCAGUUAAACUAUCUGAGGUUCUUUCCUCUGACACUAUGAAGAGUCCUAAGGAUAGAGGUUCCGCAUAUGACGACAUCCUGAUUGCGAGUCAAGACGUAGUCGAUGCCACGAAGCAUGCAAUUGAUGAGUUAGUAUCCGAAGGUGUCGGACAGAGCGACAAGCGAAUGCAAAGUCUUUUAGUCACUAGGACUGCUGUUAGCUACGAUAUGAUCGGCUGGCGUAUAGGCAGGAAUAGAGUCAUGGUAGGGCAACAAGAUGGAAUUCUCGACUAUGUCCAAUCUUUCCCUUCAAAGAAAGGCAGCAAGAAAUCAAGCAAGGAUGAACCUACGGGACGUAAACUUGCAAAGUUACGGGAGAAAGUUGUUCUCUAUGAUGCGAUACUGCAAAGUGUUGAGUCAAUCAAAGAGCUUCCUGGUGUCGCAGCCGAUUCUACUCUACAGGAAGAGCUAGGUGCAAAAUAUAGCUAUUUUCAAGCACUCAAGUGUUUGACAAUAGCUCGCUCUCAUGCAGUUCUUUCAAAUCCUAAAAGUGCACUAGCUCUCCUAAGUCGUGCAACAGAAAAGUGCACAUCCGCCAACUCACAACUCUCUUUAUCGAUGGACACAAUGACUACUACCAGCCCACCCAACUUGAUUGUCACCCCCUCGGAAUCUCAAAACCUUCUCACUUACCUACAAUCCGAACUUCAACGCCACCGCGCUUUGGUUGAGAUUUUCAAUCUCACCUCCACCUCCUCAAAACCUGGCAAUGAGAACACUCAUCAAAAGCCGCUUGUUGAAAGUCUAAAUGAGUAUCCGGCUAACGGGGUUGUUGAUCUCAAAAACCUCGUUACAUAUCCUCCGAAAAUGGAAGUUGUACCUGUCAAACCGUUGUUCUUCGACGCAGCGUGGAAUUACAUUGACUAUCCGGGAAGAGCAGUAGAGAAACCCAUAGAGAGAACUGAUGUGGAGGAAGAAACAAAGGAGACAGAAUCACAACCGCCACAGCAACAACAGCAGAAGAAAGGUUGGUUUGGUUUCGGUAGAUAA